ACGGCUGCUUCUUGUCACUUAUUCUGUGAGCUGCUCGCGUGCGUACCCGGCUAGCUGCAAGGACCAAUUAUAAAAUUACUAGACUACAGUAGUUAGAAAAUAAAUAUACAUUCAGAACACAUAAUUUGUCCAGCCAAGUUUGUCCAUCUAUUCUUCAAGGAGAAUAUCUUUGAGAUAUUGCAAUGCUUCUAAAAAGGGAUCUCAUCUGGGCAUUGUUCUUUGGCUAUGCAGCCUCCCUACAGGUGUCAAUCACCCCAAUGCAAGGAGAGAUCAGCGUGGGAGAAUCCAAAUUCUUCUUCUGCAAUGUGGUCGGCGAUGUGAAGGACAUCGAUUGGUACGCCCCUAACGGCGAGAAGCUCCUACCAAACAGACAGGACAUCAUUGUAAGCCGCAACGACGAGUCGUCGUCCACCCUCACCAUCUACAACGCAGGCGUGGACAGUGCCGGCGUCUACAAGUGUGUGGCCAGAAACGGAGACCAGGAGUCUCAGAGCACCGUGAAUGUGAAGAUAUUCCAAAAGAUAACCUUCAAGGACGCCCCUUCCCCGCAGGAGUUCAAUGAAGGGGAUGAUGCUGACAUCAUCUGUGAUGUUGUCAGUUCGCCUCCCGCCACCAUCAUCUGGAAGCACAAAGGCUCAAAUAUCCAAGUUGCAAAAGACGUUCGAUUUAAGAUCCUGAGCAACAACCACCUCCAGAUCCGAGGCAUCAAGAAAACAGACGAAGGGCCGUAUACCUGUGAGGCUCGUGUAAUGACCAGGGGAGAGAUAGACCUGAAGAUCAUUAAGGUCAUCAUCAACGUACUCCCUAGCAUUCGAACCCGACAGUCAGAGGUCAACGCCACGGCGGACAUUAUGCAGUCGGCGAUGCUGGCCUGUGAUGCAGACGGCUUCCCUGAGCCCACAGUCACAUGGGCCCGUAACAACGUUGUCCUUGAAUCGGACGAUAAGUACACCCUGAACGACGACGGCUCAGAGUUGAUAAUAAAGGAUGUCAAAAAGGUGGAUGAAGGAGAUUAUACAUGCAUUGCCCGUAACAAGGCUGGGGAAAAAGAGGAGGAAGUCAGCUUGAAUGUGUUCGUUCAGCCCAAGAUUACCUACCUGGUCAACCAGACUGCAUCAGAGCUGGAGGAUCAGAUCACCCUGACCUGCGAGGCCUCUGGAGACCCAACGCCGACCAUCAGCUGGAGCUUUGGCCGCAGGGCCUUCACAGAGGGAGAACAGGCUUCUUGGACUCGGCCAGAGACGUACAAGAGUCUGGAUGGGAACGUAGUGGUGCGCAGUCACGCCCGCGUGUCCUCUCUCACCCUGAAGUACGUCCAGUUCACUGACGCCGGCCCGUACCUCUGCACCGCCCACAAUUCCAUCGGUCAGGACCAGAAGACCAUGUACCUGGAAGUGCGCUAUGCUCCCAAGAUCCAAGGCUCAGUGACAGUCUACACCUGGGAAGGGAACGCAGCCAACAUCAGCUGUGAGGUGCUUGCCCAUCCAGGGGCCUCGGUGGUGUGGUUCAGAGAUGGCCAGCAACUGCCAAGCGCAAACGCAACCAACAUUAAGAUCUACAACACACCGGCUGUCAGCUACCUUGAGGUCUCCCCAGAUUCCCAGAAUGACUUUGGAAGCUACAAUUGCACAGCUUCCAAUGUGAUUGGAGUUGAGUCCAAAGAGUUCCUCCUGAUCCAAGCAGAUGUGCCAUCGGCGCCUGCCAUUGAGCGUGUGGUGCCCUACUCCAGCAGUGCAGAGGUGGAAUUUGAGGAGCCUGAUGCCAGCGGUGGUGUCGCCAUACUUAAGUACCGAGCUGAGUGGCGCGUGGAGGGCCAAGACUGGACAGGCAGGGAGUACGAUGCAGAAGACGGCCUGAGCAGUAUCACAAUCAUGGGCCUGAAGCCUGAGACCUCCUACGAGGUCAAGAUGUCCGCCAUCAACGGCAAGGGUGAAGGCGAGAGCAGCCCUCUCCAGAACUUCAAAACAGGGCCAGUCCGCUAUACUUUCACAAGAAAGCCUGUCAACCCUGGAGCAACAACCCAGGUUCCCUUAGACAGUUCUACCCUGACUUGUGUACAAACAGAGCCUGUUGCAGUGACACCAACCUACAUUCCUUCAACCAGUUCGGCCCUUAAAGGGGAGCCCAGUCCCCCUAAGCUGGAGGGCAAGCUGCAGGCCACAGGCAAUGCCCUUAAGGUCAAUUGGAUCAAGCAGGACGAUGGGGGCUCGCCCAUCAAACACUACCUGAUCCGAUACAAGGCUAAGCAUGUUUCGGUCUGGAAACCGGAGAUUCGUGUGCCCCACGGCAGUGACUAUGUGGUGCUGAGCAGCCUGGACUGGAACACAGAGUAUGAGGUCUACGUGGUGGCUGAGAACCAGCAGGGCAAGUCCCAGCCCGGCACCUUCUACUUCAGGACCGCAGCCGAGCCCACUGCCAUCCCUGAAACCAUAGGUAACGGCUCAGGCCUGGGCACAGGGGCAAUUGUGGGCAUCCUCAUCGUGGUCUUUGUGCUGCUGCUGGUGGGCGUCGAUGUCACCUGCUACUUCCUCAACAAGUGUGGCCUCCUCAUGUGUAUUGCAGUAAAUUUCUGUGGCAAGUCUGGCCCAGGAGCAAAGAGUAAGAACAUCGAGGAGGGCAAGGCAGCAUUCAAGAAGGACGAGUCCAAGGAGCCCAUUGUGGAGGUGCGGACAGAGGAUGAACGCACCCCUAACCAUGAAAGGGGUGGGCCCACAGAACCCAAUGAGACCACCCCUCUGACUGAGCCUGAGCCUGCUGCUGAUAAUACUGCCACGGUGGUGGACUUGCUCCCUCCUGUCACCACUAACUCUGACCUUGUCACUGAGAGCUUUAGCACAGCCCAGAACAGCCCGGCUAGUGAAAGCACCACCCUCACCUCCAGCGCAGCUACCCCUGCCCCAGCCCAGGCCAAAACUGCCCCCAAAGCCUCCCCUAAAAACGACCGCAUCCCCCAGAGCAGCACACCCAAUGCCAGCACCCCCGCCCCCCAGCCUGCCGCCCAGUCCGAUGUGGCCCCCCUCGUAGACCUAAGCGAGGCUAAGGCCGCUCCCUCGUCCGAUCCCAAGCCCCCUGCCUCUGCAGUCCCUCCUUCAGGGCAAGCCAUGUCCCCAUCCAACUCUCAAGCAGCCCAUGCCACGCCACAGCCCGAUCCCAUCCAAAGCCCGGCGGCCAGUGCCAGUCAGAAUAAGGACAUACAGAUAGACAACCUGGCCGAUGAUGUAUUUGAUGCCUUGGGCAAAAGCUCCGAGGCUUCGGCAGACACCGCUGCUGCUCCAGCACAGGACGAUGGUAAGGUCGUGACAGACGAUACAAGUAAAGCAAUGGAGACCGAUGUGAAAAAAGCUGUGUCUGAGGUGAAGACGGUCCCCAACGAAGCUGCCCAGACAAAUGGCAAUGAGAGCAAAGCAUGAUCCGGACAGCAAGAAAGGAGGUGGAGGUACAACACAGUCACAUGCCUCCAGAGUCAUACACCACUCCAUCAACAGACAAAAAAUCUCAAAAAAGGGUACCUUUCUUCAGCGUCUUCUAUGAGUUCUCGGAAACAAAAGAUGAGUUUGUUAGACAUGUAGAGCGGGAAUAAGACUUCAUGCACAUGCCUUAGUGUUUCUUUCUUCAUCUGUUAUUUCUUUUGUCAUUUUCUCACUGUGUUCACAGGAUGUAGAAGGAAAAUCCUUAGCUCUAGUUCCUUAUCGUUGUCCUACUUUUGUAUGUAACAUAAAAGUUACCUGUCUUUUAAAUGAGACAGAAGCUAUAUAUCAGUCGGCAUUGAUAAACAUGGGGGAUUGUAGCUUUACUUCAGAAAUGUACGAUGUGUACACACAAAUCCAACCUCUUAUCCGCACGCCAUUUCCAGUUAUGUUCUCUUUGUUAUGCAGUAUUGCCAUUGCUAAUGGAUUAUGGGUACGUUUAACAUUUUUGUUGUUUAAAUAAUGUGCAGAUGUAACUGCAUUUUAUUGUUUUUAUUUUGUCAUUAUGUCAUUUUCCAGAAGUAGAGAACAUUAGCAUGUCUACAUUGCAGGAAUCUCUUACAUUUUGUAAUUUUUUGUUUGUUAAAUUUUUUGUUUUGUUCUUGAAUGUUUACACUGUUAACUCUAUCCCAAGAUUGUGUAGACAACAAAAGCAAAAGAAAAUAUGUCAGAAAGUAAAUGUUUCAUUCCACAAAUAUAGAAGUUGGGGUUGCGCUUAGCACUAAGCAAUUAAUCAACUCUAAGCAUUUUUUUAUUUAAAUCUUUACAAAUUUAA